UCCAAUCCUUAUUUACUUCGAGAUAAGGAUAUAGUGGAUAUAGCUAGAUGGCGUUCGAAGGCUCGUAUACGAUGGCUACGAUGUGUGUCCGUCGUAGUGAGAAGAGCACGCGGGAUGAGGCUUUGCUCGAAAGCUGACGCUUAUCUACGAUUCUUGUCGCCUGAACAAUCAAUAUAAAUACUAAAAUUUUCAGUGGUUCCUAUAAAGUUAGCUAGCUGCCAGUACUCUCGCGAGUCAGUCUUUGCUUCGCAUCAGUAUGGACCCUGAACCAGAGGCCUUGAAGGAACUGCCAACGUUGGCGACGGUGAAAGAGAAGUCUCAACAGACUCAAGACUCGAUCUACAAUAUCCGACCAUGGAAUAACAAUCAUUUGGACCGGGCCAUUAGUACUGUGAGUACUAUUGGCGAGGAUGAUGACCCAGGCUUGCGCAGACCUACAGACUUCAAGCAAAGACAGGAUUUCUCCGGCAAAAUGCUCCUUUGGCUCGCAUACCAGUCAAUCGGUGUCAUAUACGGAGAUAUUGGAACCAGCCCGCUCUGCGCCGACUCGCCAAGACCUUAUUGGAGUGCUCUCCAUUAUAAUCUUAUUACUAUUAUGGUGACCCUAAAAUACAUCUUCAUUAUCCUUCACGCGGAUAACGAUGGAGAGGGAGGUACAUUCAGCACAUAUUCUCUGCUCAGUCGCUAUAUGAAUAUCACUCAUCGAGAUCCUCGAGAGGCAUCCCUUGUGCAGAUGAAGAGACACCUGUCAAUUGAUCUCGAGAGCUCCAGCAGAUUUGCCAGACACAGCCUGGAAACAAGCAAGUUUGCGAAACGCCUACUGAAAGUCGUAGGAGUACUGGCCGUUACGAUGGUUCUCGCAGAUGGCUUGCUCACUCCCGCUCACUCCGUGCUGGGUGCCGUCCAGGGAAUCGAAGUUGUGUCUCCAAACAUUUCCAAAGGCACUGUCAUCGGGGUCACGGAUGCUAUCUUGGUCAUCUUGUUCUUGCUACAGCCACUCGGUAUCACGCGGGUUACGUUCGCAUUUGCCCCAAUAGUUAUCAUUUGGCUUGGAUUCAACGCUGCGUUUGGAAUCUAUAACCUUGCCAAAUAUGAUGCUGGAGUCUUUGUCGCCUUCAACCCCGGUUACGCAUUCACGUUUUUAAUCCGACACGGAGAAUCAGGAUGGAGGAUGCUCAGUGGUACUUUGCUUGCCUUUACCGGAGUCGAAGCCCUUUUUGCCGACCUUGGUGCCUUCAGUCGUCGGGCGAUCCAGAUAAGUUGGCUAUGUUAUACAUUUCCCUGCCUACUUCUGGCAUAUAUCGGGCAGGCUGCAUACAUCAGUGUGCAUCCAGAAGCAUACUCGAAUCCGUUCUACAACGCAGCCCCCCCAGGCACCAUCUAUCCUGCGCUUGUAAUUGCCAUUCUAGCAGCUAUAGUUGCAUCGCAAGCAAUUAUCACUGCUACAUUUCAGCUCCUAGCGCAAGUGAUGAAGCUUUCGUACCUUCCGCAAUUCAAGGUGGUUCAUACAUCCGAUAUAUUCCAUGGACAGCUUUACAUACCGCUUGCGAACUGGCUAUUGAUGAUCGGGACGAUACUUGUGGCGUCUAUCUAUAACAACACUACAUCUCUUGGAAACGCAUACGGAGUGUGUGUCAUCUUCGUCACCUUCUUCGACACAUGCAUGGUUGCAAUGGUAGCAAUGUUUGUGUGGCGCAAGAGUCCUUACCUUGUCUUCUUGCCCUGGCUUACAAUUGCUUGCUUUGACGGUGCAUACCUAUCUUCGGCACUAACAAAAGUCCCCACUGGCGCAUGGUUCACUCUCGCCGUAGCCACGAUUCUCGCCUUGCUCUUUCUCCUCUGGCGUUUUGGAAAGGAGCAGCAAUGGUUUGCUGAAGCGGAAGAUCGCUUUCCCACGUCGCACUUCGUGACCAAAGAUCAAAAUGGUAGCAUUCGCCUUACAGAUCGGUUUAAUGGUGCGCCUUUGAGUACCACUCAGGGCACCACGCCCAUCGUCUUUAGCCAAUUCAUCCUGAAGCUCACGACAAUGUUUGAGAUGAUCAUCUUCUUUCAUCUACGACCUCUCGAAACUCCAUCAGUCCCUAUCGAUGAUCGCUACACUAUCAUCUCCCCGGAUCUCGCUAGUACCAUCACUGAUCAGGUCCGCAAGUACUUGAUCGAGCAUAGACACACCACUGCUCCGACAGAAGGCAGCACGAGCAUAAGCCAGUUGAGCCGGGACAUAGGCCAAGACUCGACGAGUGCUGAAGAGUCCCGGACGAUCACUAGCCGAGGAAGGCCGAUCGAUCCGGUAGCACUGCUGGAGAAGGCUUAUGCACAUAACGUUCUCUACAUCACUGGCAAGGAGCAGAUGCGAGUCAAGAGGGGCACGAAUAUUUUCAGGCGAUUUGUCCUGGAGAUCUUCCUAUGGAUUCGAGACAAUACCCGAGCGAAGAUCGCUUCGUUGGGACUGGAGCCGAGAAGGUGA